AUGUUGAAGAUAUUAUCAGUUUGCCUUUUGAUAGGCACCGUCCAAUCCGGCGGAUAUGCUGGAGGAUCGAAUGGCGGAGGAGGAUCAGCAGUCCAAUCAGUUCAAGGAGCUGGAGGAUCUUUCGCAUCUGGACCCGACUUCAACCCGAUUCUUCUUCAAGGUCAACGUGGAUACCCGGGAAUUCGUGCUCGUUUGAAUUCAAGAGCUUUUCAAUAUGCCAGUACUCUGGUCGCUGGACUCUUGAAUACUGAAAUCAAGAAAGCUAGAAUUCCACCAAUCUCUCAAUGCAUCCCAAUGGUACAAGGAUGUGUAAACAUCUACAAUUUGUACGUCUCCCGGUAUAGAUGUCCACAGAGAGUUGUUCUUUAUCCAGCUCCACCAAACAGAAUCGUCCUUCAAGUUCAGAAUGUUGAUCUUGGAGUCACUGGAAACUUGGGUGGACAAGUGGUCGUUCUCCUUCCGAUCGCUUUGUCUGGAAUCGUUCAAUUGAAUAUUCAUCAAGCCACCAUUACAGUUCAAUUAGCAAUUGAAAGAGGACCACGUGGUCCAUACGUCCGUCUUCUGUCUUGUGACAUGCAAAUCGGAUAUGCUGAUGCUUACAUUGAGAAUGGAGGAUUAGUUGGAGAUAUUGUGAACAGUCAAUUCAGAAGUCAAAUCUCAAACCAAGUUCGUCAAAUGAUCCCAGGACAAGUUUGCGGUCAACUUCCAAACAUCAUCAACGAGAAACUCAACUCAAAACUUGGAGCUCUUCCACAAACCAUUGCUCUUCAGCAAAUGAUUUCAUUGUUCGGAGGAGCUCUCGGGCUCGGAGGAAGCAGCGGAGGAGGUGGAAACUGUCCAUCAACCUGUCCAAAGCAGCCAGUGUUCAUUCCAUCAACCAACCCCCAACCAACACAAGUUGCUCCAGCUCAAGUUGCUCCAUCGGUCCCAAUUGCCGGAGGAUCUGCUCCAGCACCACAGAUUCCAUCGACCGCAUACACAGAGGGACAAAGAAAGGCAGCUGCCGUCAGAACUCUUCAACAACUUCAAGCUCUCCGUUAUCCAAGAAGUGCCAAUAUCACUCAAAAUUUGGUACUUCCACAAGGAAUUGGAAGACAGAGAAUGUAUGCUGCAACAAUCAGAGCUGCUGGUGUUGGACAAUACCAAUCACAACAGGUUGCCACUUACACUAAUGUUGGAGCUAGACCAAGAUAUCCACCACCACCAACUGUGGCUGCUGGGCCAGUCGCUGUUCAACCACCACCAGAUUGCUCUAAAUGCUCUGCUGCUGGAGGUUCUUCUGAUGAUCCAGCUUCAUUCCUUCGUCAAAUUGCUGGACAUCUCGACAUGAGCAAACUCAAUGAUCUGUACCUUUCUCUCCAAUACAUUCAGUCUUAUGCCACUUCAAACGACUACACUGUUGACUUGACUGGAGAAUUCUCUCCAUACGGACAAGGUGGAACUCCAUUUGGACCAUUCCCAACUCAAUUCCCAUAUUAUGGAGGACAAAUGGCUGAAUUCAUUGUCACCGAUUACACUGUGAACUCCCUAUUCUACUGGCUUCACCGCAAACAGUUCUUAUCAUUCCGUAUCGGUCCAGAGACUCCAAAGAUCGGAGAGCUUUUGAAGACAACUUGCUCGGAUGACGAUGACGAUUUGGAAGCCACAUCAGUCGAACUGGAUGAGGAAGAAGCAAAAAGAAGACGUCGAUUGGCAAAGGAGAAGGCAAAGUACCGUUUGAGAAGAGGAGUUCAUACAAACUCGACCAUUGUUGUGUCUGUUCGUCCAAGCAGACACGUGGCUACUCACAAUUCUGAUCCAGAAAUUAUUGGAGCAACAAAUGAAACUACAAGAUUGAGAUCCAAGAGAAUGAGAGAUUCCAGAAGAAGACGUCAAGAAGAUACUGCUGGACUCGCCGACCUCGGAAUCUGCUUCGGAGAUAUCCUUCCAGCCGUCCGCGAAAAGUAUCCAAAUAAGAAAAUUGCCGUUCAAAUCAGAACCGUUCGUGCUCCAUCAGUUAUUCUUUCUUCUGCUAAAGGAGGAAUGGUCACUCUUGAUCUGAUCGCUGAUGCUGACAUUUACAUCGAUCAAACCAACACCAAGGUCGGAACGAUCACAAUUGCUGCGACUGUUGUUUUGACUGCCAGAAUCGGCGGAGGAAGAUUAUCUGGAACUGCUGAAAUCACACAACUUCAUCUUUCUGAUAGAACUGGAUCGUUGGGUCUUCCACAGGAUGCACUCGAUAAUUUGGGAAAUCUUGGAAAGGAAUUGUUGCAGAAGGUUGCUAACGAUGGCCUCCAGAAGGGAAUUGCCAUUUCUAUCCCAACAAAUCUUCCUCUUCCAAUUGGAAUCAUCAAUCCAGAUGUGCACAUCGUCGAACACGGACUCCACAUUGCCACAGACUUCACGAUUUCUCCAUCACUUCUCGGAGGUGGAGGUGGAUGCUAG